UAGCCACCCAAGAAUGCAAAGUCGGCAAAAAGGCGAGGUAAGCUAAGCAAGGCUGAGAGGGAGCGACUGAAGCGAGAGGAGAAUGAAAGGAGACAGCAAGAGGAGGAGGAGGCUCAAAGACAGGCUGAGAAAGAAGAGCAGGAACGACUGGAGAGGGAGAGAAAGCUGCAGGAGGAGCUGCAAAGGAUUGAGUUAAAGGACCAAGAUCGCAGGGAAGGUGAGCUGAAUGAAUUGCGCUAUCUACUGGAACAAAACCAAAUGGCAGUGACCAAAUGGAAAACUGAUGUCAGGGAGAAGGCCAAGUGGGAGAGGUACAUGCGCUGUGAUGGAAGUCCUGACCCAUCAGAGCAGAAAGACAUCAACACUUACAUCAGCCUGUGGAAAGAUGACCCAGAUGUUGACAUCACACCUGUGCUCAAACAGUGCGCCCUCGCUCUACAGCUGAUUGAGGAACUGGAGGGUGUUCAGAGAGAAGUCAGAGAGCCAGCUGAAGGCCAGCAGUACCAGGAGACCAUUCUCUCUCUACAGGAAUUAAUCCACUCUAAACACCUCCUCACCACAGAGGAGAUCCUCAAGAGGGCUAGCAUCAGUUCCGACAUUGAGACAGGCAACAUGCAGACUGUGGUGAAGGACGAAAACAUCACUCUGUGUCUCUGGGCAAACCUCAGCAAGAACCCAAGGUUAAAAGUCUUCCAGUUUGAGGAGGCUGGCGUGGGCUUUGAACUGCCCAAACAGCUGGCUGUGAGCAACAUUGCUGUGCGAAUUCUCCACACCAUCUACGACCACCUCACACCACUGGCCAGCAUGGUCCACCUGAGGGGUUGGACACCCAACCGCAGGUCUCUGGGUGGAGGUGAAGAAGUCCCUCCUCAGACAGACUCAUCUGAGCAGGUGGAGACCGAGGUAAAACAGGAGAGCGGGGAAACCUCCGUGCAGAUCCGAGGUGCAGGCGAGGACACAUGGUCAGUCCAAGAGUCUGCUGGAAGAGAGCAUAGUGCAGUGAGUAUACAGUCAGGGAGAGGCAGUAUUCAGAAGACCGUGGGGGACCCUGAGAACCAGAUACAGACACAAAUAGAAGGCCUCUCAGAGGACUCUGACUGUGCCCCGAUGGAAGUGGUGGUAGAUGGGACUGAGAGUAUCCAGGUGGUGGACUUACUGCAGUACACACCUCUGGGCGGGGUCUUCUACUGGGAUGUGUUCCACCUCCCACCACAAGCCAAAAAGAUCGGUGGUUGGGAAAUCAGACAGCUGCUGGACACAGGGCUACAAGCAUUCCCCUAUCCCAUGGAGCAGUCCCAAAUCAAAGGGCCUGACUGUGGCAAGAUGGGAGACAGUGGUCUUCUCACUUGCCCCCCUGUUGGUGUGUCCAUCACAUUAUCUGACUCUGUCCUUUUCUUGGAACAACCACAUGUUGCUCGCUGGGACGCCAUGGGAAAGCAGUGGAGGAUGGAUGGCAUCAGUGACAUUUCCUAUGAUGAGCCAGAAGCUAGGAUCAUCUUCAAGAUGGAUGCCUUCCAUGCCUUCGUGCUGAUGCAGGACACCUAUGUCAACUUCCCCUUCCAGAGCUGGGAGCUACGGCCACUGGGUCAGGACUCCGCUCUGCUCUCCAUCAAUGCGGCACUCGUUGACCUCAAUAUCACUAUCCAGGGAGACCAAUGUAUGCUGCAGUCCAAGCAGGAGAAAGGUCUUUCUCAUCUCCUAGGGAAAUGGAUGAGUGGGCCGACACUGCAGAGAGCCAUGACCAACGCUGGCAUCAACAUCUUUGUUAAUGAGUACACCGACAAAUACGUCAGCAGCUAUGGCAAGGACCCACUGACAGAGCAUGCCACCUAUGAACAGAUGGCCCUCCUCUCCUGUGCCUGUGCCUUCUCAUGGAGCCAGUGGAAUGCCAAGUGUGGGCUCAAGAACCUGGUGAUGCAGGUUUGUGAGCACGAAGGUCCCUCCUCCGUACCCAAGAACUCGUGGAGCGUCUACCUGCUGGGUGCUCAGAGGAGUCAGAGGCUGAAGAUGAAGGAGAAGGAUGAGAUCUUCUCUCCAGAGCUCCACCCGGGCAGCGAGUUCCACUCCACAUUCAUCCACAUGCUCCAGGACAACGUGAGCCCCGAAGGCAUGGCUAGGACCCACAAUACCCAUUACCUGUUUAUCAACACGGUGCAGAAUCUACUUUGUGCCACCAGACUGCUCAACUAUUCUUGA